GUGUGUGCACACGAGAGAGAGAGAGUGUGUGUAUCUGUCAACGGGAGUCACGGGAGAGCGCCGUAUGAUCGCGCCGUUUGAGCAUUCGUCCACCAGUAGCCUCGGGUUUACGACCUUCAACCAUGACUUUUCACCAGCCGCGUGCAGGCUGGCGAUGUUAUGCAAAAAGUUGAAAAGUUGCUCGGAGGCGCCAGCUUUUUGCUCGCCAUUGCCGCAACGGCCCUCCUGGUCGUCGAAGGGCUCAAGAAUGGUCAUGCAGCCCACAUUGUUCUCGCUGUUUGCUGCAUUCUCGCUGCCACUUUGUUUUUCUUCAUUGCCCGGCUCUACUUGAAGGAUUACCUCCAAGAUCGCAAGGUCGUUUACCUGGCUUGUGCCCUUGUGAUUGUCCUGAGCUGCUGCGGUCUCUUGUAUGCGACUGCUUGGGGAGACUCGUCGUGUCCUGAUAUCUUUGCCAAAGCCUCGUGUGAAAAGGGUCUUCUUGACAAGAACGGCAACUGCCUCGAUAUCAACAUCACCACGAGCGCCGGCACUUGCGUGCAGCUUUCAGGGCACACCAACCAAUACACAGCCAGCGCUGUGUUCUCGCCAAAGCCAACUUGUACCGAGUCAGUCAUGGCCAUUCAAAAGUGCGGCUCCAUGCCCAACAUCACUUGCACGCCGUGCAACAACACCAAUGUUUCUACACCCGUUAAGUUUUCAGAGGUGUACGCUCAACAGGCCGCCGCGACAGAUGCCAAGGAUGCUCAGGCCACCAAAAAUUAGCCACCAAGCAUUUGAUCGUGUGCACAUGUGCCGUCCAUGUUGUUCAAGCGCGGGAGUGUCGAUAUGCUGCCUGGGCCGCGUGGUUUGUCUUUGUUGUAGAGCACAGGCGUCUGCGUGAUAUCCUUAAGCGCGUUGGAGCAAGUGAAGUGUCAGCUUCUCCACCUCUAAAUGUCGCACGCGUUCUCCGACCCUUGCUUGUGCGCCCCUCGUUUCUAUCGUUAUUUGUCCUGUCAGUCAGGUGCAUUUCGCCAAAGUCCACUCAAAAAUAC